GUGAUAAUCGAUUUUCCCAUUGGUCGAUCAUCAUUCUAUCAGGUUAUUCUCAACUAUCAUAAUCCAGGAACAGAACCAAUUGUUGGUAAUCUAACACUUUUCAAUAAAAACGAGCCACCGAAACAUAUCAAUAUCACUUUUCCCCCGACGAGUGCACCUAAAAAAUACUUGUUAUCGAUGGAUAAAACUUCACCUCUAUAUCUUUUCGCGGCUCAAAGGCCUUGGAAAGCAUCUUUGUCCGCCGACGAGCCACUUUUAGUCGAUUACAUUGUUUUCUUACCUCAAGCUUACUUCGAGGCCAGUAUACUUAGAGAAAAUGUGACUGACACUGAUCACUCGUUCACUGGUCCACCAGUUGCAUUCAACUUUUCAACACAUUUGGAACUUCCUAUUGUCGACAAGGCAACUGCAUUCUUGAAACAUUGUGUUCAAGAUGCAUUUUAUAUUGACGAUUCUUCACCUGAAUUCUGUAAACAAGCUCUUUUCACCUUGACGACUGGUCUCAACAACGGUGGUGCUUUUUGUAGCUGUAAUGCCGAAGGUUCAAAGGGAUACACAUGUAAUCCACUUGGAGGUCAAUGUGACUGUAAACCAAAUGUCAUUGGACGGACAUGUAAUGCUUGUCGAUCAGAUUAUUAUGCUUUCCCUGAUUGUAUACCUUGUAACUGUCCCAAAACCGCCGCUUAUUGUGACCCAGUUUCUGGUGAAUGUGUUUGUGCUAAAAAUGUCGUCGGAAGUGAUUGUGCCAAAUGCGCACCAUUAACUUACGGUAUUGAUCCCAAAAUGGGCUGUAAACCUUGUUACUGUCACCCUGCAGGCGUCAAAGAUCGUAAUAUUCAUUGUGACCCUCAAUUUGGUACCUGUGAUUGUAAAGAAAAGUACGAUGGUCGAACCUGUGAUUCAUGUAAAGCGGGAUACUUUGACUUUCCUGUUUGUCGUGUUUGCGAUUGUCCCUUUGAUGGUACAACGGAUAUUUGUGAUCGUAAAUCGGGAACCUGUUAUUGUAAAGAAAAUGUCCUUCGUCCUAAUUGUGAUGUUUGUCAACGUGGUACCUACAAUUUGGAGAAAAAUAAUCCCAAAGGUUGUACAAAGUGUUUCUGUUUUGGUACAACAGAAAAUUGUCGAAGUUCCGAAUUUAAAAGUGUUCCAAUUAGAGCAACCAAUUACACCAAUUGGUCAACCGUUAACAUCGAUUUCACUGAGUCAGGUGAACGAAUCAGUUUCUUGGAAAUUGAAUCAGGACCAAAUGAAAGUGAAUAUAAGAUAAAUCCAAGAUUAUUUAGUCGCGGUGACACGUCCGAUGUACUACCGAAAGCCGAUACUCUGAGUAACAUUUACUUUAAGGUGCCCAAUGAAUUCCUUGGUAAUCGUUUGACAUCUUAUGGUGGAUUCAUAAAUUAUACGAUUCUUGAAACUUCAAGCUCGAAUGCCGAAGAUACUGUAAUUACACCCGAUAUAAUUUUGAUUGGACGAAACUACUCAAUCGCACUUACUCGUGAUGAACAACCUGGAGCACCAGGAAUUAGUUUAAAGAUGGAAAUUGAACUUCUUGAGAGUAAAUUUGUUCACCUUACCGAUUCAACCUUAGUUUCUCGACCACAAUUUAUGACCUUACUUCUUGAUUUACAAUCGAUUUACAUUCGAGCGGCUUAUUUCAAAUCAAUGGAUUCUGUUACUUUAACCGAUUUCACGAUUGACUCAGCGCUUGAUUUACCAAAUAUUAACGGAUCUUUGGCUUCUCGAGUUGAACAGUGCAUCUGUCCUCCCAAUUACAAGGGAAGCUCUUGCGAGGAAUGUGUCAGUGGCUAUUAUCGAGUUGCAAAUGGACCUUAUUUGGGCUCAUGUGCUCCUUGUCAAUGCAAUGGUCACUCAAACGAAUGUGAUCCUCUAACGGGAAAAUGUUUCAACUGUAAACACGAAACGGUCGGUGAUCAUUGUGAACUGUGCAAAUCAGGAUUUUACGGUAACGCUACUGUUGGUACACCUCACGAUUGUCUCAUGUGUCCUUGUCCAAUGCCAAACAAUUUCGCUGAAUCUUGUGAGGUUCGGCAAAAUGCUCGAAUACAAACAGAAAUUGUUUGUAACUGUAAACCAGGUUACAGUGGUCAAAAAUGUGAAUUAUGUUCAGCAGGUCACUUUGGUUAUCCUCGUGGAAGUUAUUGUCAACCUUGUCAAUGUAACGGCAACAUCGAUCCAAAGGAUCCUGGUUCAUGUGAUAUGUUCAGUGGUGAAUGUAUCAAAUGUCUUAAUAAUACUGCCGGUCGAUCGUGUGAAUAUUGUGCUGAUAAUUAUUAUGGUGAUGCGAUUAACCUUAAAAACUGUAAACCUUGUCAAUGUGAUCCUGAUAAUACUACAGCUGUUUGUGACCGUUAUUCUGGACAAUGUAAAUGUCACCCAAAUUUUAUCGGUCAUCAAUGUGAAUAUUGUUCAGCUGGAUUCUAUAACUAUCCCCAGUGUCAAUCGUGUGAUUGUAAUCCCCUUGGAAUCACUGAUGACAUUUGUAACCCCGAAAAUGGUCAAUGUAAAUGUAAAACUGGAGUCGAAGGCGAUCGAUGUGACAAAUGUAAACUGGGUUACUAUUGUAGUGUAGAGAGUUAACCCUUCACUUCACUUAUCAAUUUUAUUCAUUUAAAUUUAACUUUAGUUAAUUAA